AGCGCUCCUAAAGAAUGUCGACCUCGAACCUAAUCAUCAACACAGCAAAAAGACCCAGGAUCCUACGAUGCUCCAUCCUAGGAAAAAGUCACCACUUCAAACCCGUUCGAUCUCUCACCACGCUCCUAUCCUCGCCCUAUCCACUCGACAAACCUGGUCCAUCACGCUCAGAUUAUCAUCCGAGCAGGCCGACAAUUUUGAAGAAUUCCUGGAGGCCGGUACACCAAGAUGCUUCCACUACUCCCACACCACACUCUUCUAUCCACCCCCAACCUCAAACAAACUCAAGUCCAUCCUCUCCUUUUGCAACGUUGAUCUCCACACCCAAGCGGUCUUGUGAAGAAGAUGAUUCUUCAGCCCCAUCGAUCGUCAAGCCGAUCGGAAUCAAAAUUAGUCCCUCAGCAAUUGAGCAGAUCGAACGGGCGCGCAAGAUGGACAACAAACCAAACGAGGUUCUUCGACUCUCCGUCGAAAGCGGAGGCUGCCAUGGAUUCCAAUACAAGAUUGGAUUCACCGAAUCUGCCGAGGAUGAUGAUUUUGUGUUCACCGUUGGAAAUCGGAACGGACUGGUGGUCAUAGAUGAGGGCUCGUUGGGCCUCAUGGACGGCUCAACUAUCGAAUUUGCGACCGAACUCAUCGGCAGCAGCUUCAGGAUUCUCGAUAAUCCUCACUCGGCUGGGAAGGGAUGCGGGUGCGGAGUGAGCUGGGAACUCAAAUGAACCCACAUAUUUAUUUACCACCAUUCCAUCAAUCCAAACAUGCAUAUUCAUCUCUUCGCGGUCAAGUCCUUGUAUUUUUUUUUUUUCAUUCUGCUUUUUUUUUCUUUUUCGGUAAGAUCGUUCUUCAAGAUGUAAAUAUUACAGGUAGUUAUAUUUUGGAAAAAAAAAGUUACCGCGAUA